CAAAGUGCGGCAUCUCUUCAGUCUCAGGUCCAUUAAACGAGCAUUCAAACGAUGUCCUGUUUUUCUUCGAUAUGCCCGAAGCCCUAAGUCUUUAUUUAACACCCUUUUCACCGUGGUUCUGCUUAACCCCAUCUGAAGGGCCAACAGUUUCUGCUUACGUUUGGGAUUUCUUUGAAUUCGCACCUUCACAGCUUUUAUCACUGCUGGAGUCGUAACAGACCGAGGGCGACCACUUCUUGACCUGUCAUCUACACUAGAGUCUUCAUUGUAUCGUUUGAUGGUACGAUAAACAAAUCUUUUAGUUAUAUUAAAAAUUUUCAGCAUGUAAAAAUUUUUAAUUGGCGCGUAACCGUAACGAUGGAACGCAAUAACUGCAACACGUUCUUCUUUAAGCGUCCACACGCCAUAUUAAAAAAUGAGUAAAAUUCUAAAAAGUAUACAUUUUUAUUUUCAUGAACAAUUCGAAAUUCGAAUUCAAUAAACUUUUUUGUGGCCAGCAUUCUAAAAGAGAAGUUUUUACUGUGUGACAACACUUAUGACCUGACUGUGUAUAAUCCAUCAUAAAAAACGAAUAUCAAAAAACAUUGUUUCUAUAGGCCCCAGUGGUUGGGCUGGCUGAGGAUCGUUGGCCGCACGAGGAGUAGGAUCGAUUGAUGAAGAGCACCGAUAGUGGCGCGAACGUGCUCCACCCUGAGGCGACCGCUCUCACGGUGCGAUGCAGUGCGGCCCCGCUAUAGCCACCAGAUCUCCAUUGUUUAGUUUAACCUUUAUUUGAACAUCGACAACACUUCUUUAGUUCGAUAAAGAGAACUUAUGGUUGCGAAAAUAAAAGGCUGCAAGUAUGUGCGCGCGUCUCGCGACGUCAUUGGGUCGGAGGGCGGAGUCGCGCCGCCCUGCGGCCGUGGCAGGCGGCAGUCCGAGUCAGGCCGGCGCGCGCCCCGCACGGCCCCAUGGUGGAGCACGCGCUCGUCGACUGCUCCCAGGCGAGCGCCAUGCAGACCGUCCCGCCACAACCUCACCGCGACGCCGAUGAGGACCAGCUCGCCGAUGAGUAUGUGCAAAACUUUGAACUCGACCAUCUCGAAGAUCAUCAUCUUGUGAAGCGCGAGCCUCUUCGGAGUGGAUGGCACGAGCUCAUAGAAACCCCGCCGGCAUGCGCCCGCGCCUGCCGACCGUGGCCGGAUGCGGGCCCCUACCCUCAACCACACGUCGCCAUCGCCGUGGAUCCCAGCACACCGCCGGAGACACCACCGGCUGCCAUCGGCCGCAGCCCCUGUCGAGCUGCACUAGUCGAUGACGUCCUGUGGCUCCCGCAUAUGCGAGAACCACUCGAUAUGCGCACAGUACCAUGCGGAAACUUUGAAGAGUGGGAUAGACGUGAGUGGCGGGAGCAAGACCAUCACCUUCAGCAGGUCGCCUUGCGGCCGGCGAGCUCCUGUUCGGCGUUAUCGCCACGCACCGGUCAACAUCCGUCGUACCAAACAUCCUCAUGCGGUGACGACUUAAUAAGCGACGAUCUCCUCAUGACUCUCAGUGUGCGUGAACUCAACAAACGUCUACAUGGAUUUCCUCGCGAGGACGUGACACGACUGAAACAGAAGAGACGCACGCUAAAGAAUCGCGGUUACGCACAAAAUUGCCGAAGCAAAAGGCUGCAGCAGCGGCAGGAGUUGGAGCUAACAAACCGGUCGCUGCAGGACGAGUUGCAUGUGCUACAGCUGCAGGUGGCACGCGUGACACACGAGCGGGACGUGCUGAAGCAGCGGCUGGCGCUGGUGGGGCGCGAACACGCGGUGCCACAGCACGCCCCACCCACUCCGCACUCCUCGCCCGAGUUCUUCUCGGAGCUGUGACGGCAGGGCGCGGCGCCGCGGAACGCCGCCUCCUCAGCCUGCGCCUGGCAGCGCUACUGAGGCUGCGAACCACCGCGCGCGUACGCCACAUCCCGCCCUCGUGCUUCUGUUAAGUUUGAAAUUUAAUUAUCAUCAGUUCCAGUUCUAUAGUUUCUUUUUAUUAUGGUGGAACAAUUUGACAGUAUGGUUCCGAUCGGAACGACUGUUGACACCGUGUUAAAUAUAUGGUUGUGUCGUAAAUUAUGCAUAUGCAUAGCUUCGUUAAAAUACUAUAAUCUAUUAUUAACGAUAAUGUAAGUUAAUGAUAACAUGAUCCUGACAACUGAUUAUUCUAUAAUUGUAAAUAGAUACGUAAAUUACGAAAUUAUCUAUAGGAGGAUUUGUGUUUUCCUAAUAAAAU